AUGACGAACCUUAGUCCCCAAUCCACCAUUGCUGGUCAAGCAUCGGGCUGUCCCCGGUGGCACCGAACCGCUCCCUGGUCUGGCUGGACCGGGAACGUCCUCCUCGAAGCGGCCGUGGUGGCGAUGAGAUGCUGGCUUCUCCCCCACCAGUCGGGCAGCAAAAACGGGAGCGGGAACGUAGGUGAUGGCAACACCACCCUGGAGAAGGUCUGCUCGGAGCUGAGGAAAGGGCUCUGCUCGUCAAAGCUGCAAGAGGGGGUGGGGGGCAAGUUCUGCCCCAGGGGCUGGACGCUGCACAGGACCGAGUGCUAUUGGGUGGCCAACGGGACCAACCCUUGGAGCAAGAGCCGGAGGGACUGUGUCAUUCGGGGUGCCGAGCUGCUGAUGCCGGGGGACCAGGAUGAGCUGAAACCCCCCCGCUGCUUCUGGAUCGGCCUCUCCAUCCCGUGCGAAGGGAAGGGCUGGACCUGGCUGAACGGCUCCCGCCCGGACCAGCACCAGUUCCAGAUGAGCCGUUGGGAAGAAGGCAAAACCUGUGGGGUGCUGAAGGACGAGAUCGAACCUGAGAGCUGCAGCGUGGAACAGCGGUGGAUCUGCCAGAAAGAAGCCACCCAGCUCUGA